GGCCGCCCCCUCCGCUGGGCCCAGCGCAGCGCAGCAUGUUGCGGGCGGCGGUGAGCGUUUCCCGGCUCUGCCGCGGCCCGGCCCGGCUCGGUGCGCCCUUCUCGGCCGCCGCUUCCCCCAUCCCGGCGCCCAACCCGCGCCCCGACAUCGCCUGCAACAAGAUUUUCAUAAAUAAUGAGUGGCAUGAUGCAGUCAGUAAGAAGACUUUCCCGACUAUCAAUCCAGCAACAGGAGAAGUCAUCUGCCAGGUUGCUGAGGGUGAUAAGGCAGAUGUGGACAAGGCCGUUAAGGCAGCCAAGGCAGCUUUCCAGCUGGGCUCUCCUUGGAGGAGGAUGGAUGCUUCUCAUCGGGGGAAGCUGCUGAAUCGUCUCGCUGACCUGAUCGAGAGGGACCGGGCUUACCUGGCGGCUCUGGAGACUCUGGAUAAUGGGAAACCGUACUCCAUCUCCUACCUGGUGGAUCUGGACAUGGUAGUCAAAUGUCUCAGAUACUUUGCAGGCUGGUCGGAUAAAUUCCAUGGCAAAACCAUCCCAUUAGAUGGAGACUUCUUCUGUUACACCAGACACGAGCCGACCAUCCCGUUAGAUGGAGACUUCUUCUGUUACACAAGACACGAGCCAGUGGGAGUUUGUGGACAGAUAAUCCCAUGGAACUUCCCUCUGUUGAUGCAAGCCUGGAAACUUGGGCCUGCCCUGGCUACCGGGAACGUGGUUGUGAUGAAGGUGGCGGAGCAAACUCCCCUGAGCGCUCUCUACGUGGCUAAUCUGAUCAAAGAGGCUGGAUUCCCACCAGGCGUGGUGAACAUCAUCCCUGGCUACGGGCCCACCGCAGGGGCUGCCAUCUCUUCCCACAUGGACGUAGAUAAAGUGGCCUUCACCGGCUCCACGGAGGUUGGGCAUCUGAUCCAGAAGGCUGCAGCAGAGAGUAACCUAAAGAGGGUGACACUGGAGCUCGGAGGAAAGAGUCCCAAUAUAAUCAUGUCUGAUGCAGACAUGGACUGGGCUGUGGAUCAGGCCCACUUUGCCCUCUUCUUCAACCAAGGGCAGUGCUGCUGUGCUGGAUCCCGAACAUAUGUCCAGGAAGAUGUAUAUCAUGAGUUUGUGGAGAGGAGUGUUGAGAAGGCCAAGGCCAGGGUGGUUGGAAACCCAUUUGACUUUAAAACAGAACAGGGGCCUCAGGUUGAUGAAGAGCAGUUUAAGAAGAUCCUUGGUUAUAUUAGCACUGGGAAGCGUGAAGGAGCCAAACUGCUGUGUGGUGGCAACCCUGCUGCGGACAGAGGCUACUUCAUCCAGCCAACUGUCUUUGGCGACGUGCAGGACAACAUGACGAUUGCCAGAGAGGAGAUAUUUGGGCCGGUCAUGCAGAUUCUGAAAUUCAAAACCAUUGAGGAAGUCAUUGAGAGAGCAAAUGACUCCAAGUACGGCCUAGCAGCAGCAGUCUUUACAAAGGACCUUGACAAGGCAAACUAUGUGUCACAGAGCCUGCGAGCCGGAACAGUCUGGGUAAACUGCUAUGAUGUGUUUGGUGCACAAGCCCCGUUUGGUGGCUACAAAGCCUCUGGGAAUGGGCGAGAGCUGGGAGAGUAUGGUCUGGAGGCAUAUGUGGAGGUGAAAAAUGUGACAAUCAAAAUUCCACAGAAAAACUCCUAAAGGGCAGCAGCCUCUCCGUGUGUUUGGAGACACCUAUGCAGCUUCGUGAGAUACAGAGCAAGGAAACCUCUUCUUAACACGCACAAACCUUAGGUGGAAAACACUUAACUCUGCGUUAAGAAAUGUUUCUUUAGAAGGUUACCUGAAGGAGCUUUUGUUUAAAAACCAUUACUUGGCUUUAUCUUUCUAAAAUACCAAAUACAGUUGAGUACUAAUGCGUUACACGGGUGUAUUCCUGUUGCAUCUCUUUUUUCCAAGAAAUUGUUUAAAUGCUUGUCUGGUCUGGAGGAGGUUUUAUAAUAACUUUUUGUUGGCUUACACAGCUAGUUCUAUACUCCUUGCCCUAUACACCUAACCCAUACGUCCCUCUUCUGUAGGUAAAUCAAGAGCAACCCUUCAGCGUGAAUCUGUGAGGUACAAAUUUGUUCUCUGCUCCUCCUGUUGUAUCUAUUCCCAAUAAACAUUCUUGUCUUAGUGAGGUUAA